AUGAGGAUAGGGUGCCUGCAGUUCGCGCCCCAGGUUGGGGAUGUUGACGCCAACCUGAAUCGCGCAGAGGCCGUUCUCGCGGCGCACGAGGAUCUCGAGCUGGACCUUCUUGUUCUGCCAGAACUGGCAUUCUCUGGAUACAAUUUCAGGUCUUUGCGAGACAUUGCGCCGUUCCUCGAGCCCACCACAUCCGGCAUAUCGUCAUCAUGGGCGCGCUCAACAGCACUCAAGUACGAUUGCAACGUCAUCGUUGGCUAUCCAGAGACGGCGGAUGUGUCGCACAAAUGGCCCACAGACCCCGAGUACUACAACUCUGCCGUCGUCGUCAAUGCCGACGGCGACGUUUGGGGCCAUUAUCGCAAGUCGCAUCUCUAUUACACGGACGAGACAUGGGCUCUAGAGGGCUCCGGCUUCUUCAAAGGUCACAUACCCGGUUUAGGGAAGCUCGCCAUGGGUAUCUGUAACAAUAGUCCUUACAAGUUCGAGGCUCCGUGGACUGCAUACGAGUUCGCUGUCCAUGCUCUCAACAUAGCUGCGAACGUCGUUGUGCUCUCCAUGGCUUGGCUAACACGAGAGCCCGCUGACACGUUUUGUUCUCAUCCCGCCGAACCAGACAUGGAAACACUCACGUACUGGAUCAAGCGCCUGGAACCAAUGAUAAGGAACGACAGCGACGAAGAAAUCAUCGUCAUCUUUGCCAACCGCAGUGGAGUCGAAGAUGAUGCUGUCUAUGCAGGGACGAGUGCUGUGAUUGGCAUCCAACGAGGAGAGGUGACUGUGUAUGGUUUGCUUGGCCGCGCGGAGGAGAAGCUUCUUGUAGUCGACACCAGUAAG